AUGCAUCCGGAUAUAGUUACAACUAUACUGUAUGACUCGCAUGUCGAUACGUACGUACGUAGGCAUCAGUUCAUACAUUCUCGUAUACUUAUCACCCUCUUCGUUCCCACCCAGCUGCAAGACGCAUUUGCCGGAUUGUUAUCCGAAGCAAGAGAAGAUGAGCUCGUCUUCCGCAUACACAACCUGCGUGAUAUACAGCCAAGUGGUACCCAUAUACACCCAGAUGAAAGAGCCCAGCUAUGCGCUUCAGACGUCUCAAACUAUAUGCGAACGUUACAACCGCUGAUGCACGGCGUCAUAUGGCAGAAGGAUGUCUUUCAAAUCAGGGCCAUCGCGGGUGAGGAAUGGGAUACCACCAUAAACAGGGGUCCGAAUACGAAUGCAAACCCCCACAGAUGUCCACGAUUAGGCGGUGAAUUGAGGUUUGGAGAUAACAUCGAAGAUGAAUGGUUCUCCGUUGCGCUGCUAUGCGAGUUGACCAGGUUAAACGCUGAUAUAGUUGUGACCGCACGGGACACGGACGGCGAGUUUUUAUUAAUAGAAACCGCGGCGGCGCUACCUGACUGGCUCACACCGGACACCUGUGACAACAGAGUGUUCAUACACCAGGGUGUGCUACACAUCAUACCACAGACUCUCACAACAAACGAGCAUCUCUCGCUGGAUGAAGGUCUCGAACUCGUCUUUAGCCACCCGGAGCGUACCCAGGCCUCGUCCCAAGCACAGGCGAUCUUCAAUACUCGCGUUAUCAUGGCGAUGCACACGGCACACACCUCCAACCACGUGGCGCAUACCAUCAUACCUGCGGGUGUGGCUGCCAUUUUAGAUUGCGAACCGCAAUUGGUUGCGGCCGCGGUCGAGGCUAUUUAUAGCAGAGAUCCCAUCGAGAUGCGUGUGUGUAAGAAGAUGGAAACUUUCUCCCCGCUGGCUAGUGUGGCACACAUUGUAUUGUUCUCUCGCUGUCUAUACGCGCAACUGAACCACAUCGAAUUUGCGUUGCCGAAAGUGUUUGGACCCGAACCUCGGCACAAUACAAAAGAGCACGUGCCAUUUAUUAUCGGUGCCAAGUUGGCGUGUGGGUUUGAGAUUCUUGCGGACAGAGAGCGGCGCUUAAGGAAAAAGCAGGAUAAACAAACCGGGACGAGUGCGAAUACGAAAACUGAUAGAGGUAGCGCUGACACAGGGACUGAUUUCAGGGAAGGUGCGUAUGGAGACGAACUGGGCGAUGCUCUCGGUGUGGGUGGCGGUGAGAGUACGCAAAUGGAUAUAGAUUUUGAUGGUGUGGAGUGGACUACGUAUCUGAAGGGAUUGGAGAGGCGCGGGUACUUUAAAGACGAGAUUAAGGGGUCGCAGAUGUACAGGAAGUUGUUUGAGAGUGCACGCGACGGUUUCAAACGAGGAUUCAAGAAAGCGCGUACGGUAGCGACAGAGGAUGGCGAUGACGACGAUAUGUUGCCUCAGGCACAUAUUUGGGAUAUAUAUAUGAACACGGAUGUGCAGGAGUACUUCGAGGCGCACAAAAAAGAUACAAUCGAUACUCUCGAUGCCGCGGACAGCAUAGACUGGUUGUUUAUGACCGGAGAGGAAAUAGAGGAGCAGUGGGAGUCGCGUAUGUCCGGGGGGGCUAUACCAAGCACAGAGGAGGGCCUUAAUAAGCGCAACGAAAGGAGCGAUAGAGGGGAUGAAAUUAGCUCGAUAGAACCUGAAGCAGGCAUCGGAAGUGACGAUGUUCUGCGUGGUACUCGAAAGGGUGUGGAUAAGAACGAAGACACAGAGUUGGGGAGUGAGAUACCUGCUAUGAUAGCUUCCCUGAAGCAAUUUGUGGGUCAGAGAUCAGAGUUUGACGGUGUUGUUGUGCCCCCGUCGACAGCAGGCGACACUACAGCUGAGAAUAGAGCUGAUACUGGCAAAGACACUCGUGCUAAAAGAAGAUCACCGAGCGAGAUGGUGGAUACCGAUGAUUUUGACACCCGUAACUUCUUCAAACACAUACAGUCAAUAUUAGGAGGGUUUGAUCUAGGGGAGGGUGAUCUGGAUGCAGAGCAAUUGAGCGGAGCGUUCGAUGUCCAGAAAGCCGCAGACGGCUUAAACGACUUCUUGGGAAGUGACACCAGUGUGAGUGAUAGUGAUGACGAAGAUAUUGUCGACCUGAACCCAAAGCGGGCACAGCAGAGGACCACUAUGAGUGCUAGUGGAAACAGGGUAAGGUUCACGGAACCAGAAGAGGUCAGCGACGGUGAUGAGAUGCAGGCCUACUAUGAAGACAUGCAGCGAGAACUGCAAAGCACCAAGGUGAAUGAAUCAUUUGUUCUGGCGAAGGACGUGAGUCAGAACAACGGGCAGGCAGCGGGGAUAGACCAAGAAAAGGCCCACUUACAUGAUGAGAAUGCUGACGAAACGGCACAGUCAUCCGAUGCAACGGUCAGUACAGAGGGCGAUGGAUUGCAGGAAGGAUUGAUGGUGGAUGUGGAUGUGAAUUUGCUGAAGAAUAUUUUGGAAUCGAUUGAGUCGCAACAAGGGUUGUCGGGACCGGCGGGUGUGUUGCUUGAGAGUCUGGGUCAUAAAUUGCCAACGAAUGCGAGCGAAUUCGACUUGGAUUAAAUAAAAUUGUAAGAAUGAAUGUUUCUAAUUCUAUGCACAAGCAG